CUUGACCUCGACCUCGUCCUUGCAUCCCCCGCCCAAGUGCCAUAAUCCGUCUUAUUGAGAACUCCAAGAAGCGCGAAAUGCCGCGGGAUCCCUUAAUCGGCCUUGUAGGCAAGCCUUCUGCUGGCAAGAGCACGACUCUAAACAGCUUAACCGAUGCGACGUCCAAAGUUGGAAACUACCCUUUCACAACCAUUGACCCGCAACGAGCCAUCGGUUAUCUCCAAAUAGCAUGCGCCUGCGAGCGCUUCGGUGUACAAGAUAAAUGCAAGCCCAACUAUGGAUCGUGUGUUGAUGGCCGCCGUUCCGUGCCAAUAGAGCUUCUCGAUGUAGCUGGACUUGUUCCCGGCGCACAUCAGGGCAGAGGUCUGGGUAAUAAGUUUCUAGACGACCUCCGACAUGCGGAUGCUCUAAUCCAUGUCGUGGAUGCUAGCGGGAGGACGAAUGCUGAGGGCGAAAAUACACGAGGAUACGACCCCUCCCAGGAUAUAGCCUGGUUACGUGGUGAGAUCGUCGCCUGGAUCAAAGGGAAUUUGUGGGAGAAAUGGGGUUCUAUCAAGAGGCGACAUGUUGCUGUCAAGGCUACUGCUGUCGAGACCCUUCAAGGACAGUUCUCAGGCUACGGAAGUACGGCAGCAGUAGUAGCACGCACUCUGGACCGUCUUAACCUGAAAGAGCCGCUGGAGCACUGGACUGAGGAGACGGUGGACCGUGUUGUCAGCGCAUUCACUGAUGAGAAGUUCCCCACGGUGAUCGCGCUAAACAAAAUCGAUGACUCUGAUGCUUACACAAAUCUCAUGAAGAUCACUAAAAUGCAGGAUCCCAAUAUGGUGGUCGCAUGUUCGGCGAAGGCCGAAUUGUUCCUGCGAAAAAUGGCCAAGCAAGGUUAUAUAAGGUAUACGGAGGGAACUGAGUUUGUGGAUACACGCGAAGAUCUGAUAGCAGACGGCGACCCAGACGGCGGGGGAUUGAAGGAGUUGGAUGAAAAGAAUAAGAACACCAUCGAGGAAUAUAGAGAUAUGAUCUUGUUCCGAUAUGGUUCCACUGGCGUCGUCCAGGUUCUUUCAAAGGCGGCCGAAAUACUCGGUCUCGUACCCGUCUUCCCCGUACGAAACGUAUCGACUUUCAGCUCUGGUUCAGACACGAAGGUCGCGUUUAGAGAUUGCGUCCUCGUGAAAAAGAACUCGACUGUGGGCGAAGUCGCGAGGAAAGUUAUGGGCGAUGCGCCGAUUGCCUACGUAGAAGGAGUGGGAGGCGUACGAGUCUCGGAAGACGCUGUCGUGACCGCAGGCAAAAACGACGUUUUAUCGUUUAAGAUAGGUCGAGGGUAAUAAAUAAAGUCACUUGAUUGAAUAAUCUAUUUCUUCUGAUAUAGUGCUUAUACAGAAGUCUAAAGACUCAAACCUUGACCCCAGUUGAGUGAAGUUAUUUAUGCGUUAUAUUAUUACAUGAUGCUGCCGUCAUUUACAACUUUGCUAAGUUGCCGCUCAAAAAGGUUAUAUUCAGAUCAGGCUCAGCAACUCUUUAGUUAUUGUUGAUAUUCUCCUAAGCAUAGAGUAUUCCGUAGACCUAGACUCCUUAUAUUAUCGUCCCGUAUCUCGACCUUACGGAAACAAUACAUCUGCUUAGAACUAUGUCACUGUAGCCGGAGAUGAUAAUAACUCUUAUCCUACGUCGUUCAUUAAUAAAUGCCUACAAUAUGAAGCACAUGCAUCAUGGUUGAAAUACUUUGGCCCAAAUAAAAU